AGUGAGAGGCUCAGUUGAGGGGUGGGCACGGCGGCCACUGGGCGCCCGCGGUUCCCGAAGUCCCGCCCCUGCUGGGGUGGGGAGGCGGGGCGAGGCUGUGCUUAAAAGACUGGGAUCCCGCAGCCGCAACAUUUUUCCUCGAGAGAUCCUGCAGCAGUCCGCUCUAUCCUGCUCUGCCUGGGGGCUGCUGUCUUGCCACCCACGACUUCCGCUCAGCGCCUCUCAGCUCCCGCUGCCGCCCGCCCUCCGCCCGCCCUCUCCGAUCCCUGGGAAGAGGUAACGCGCCCCGGGCCCAGCCUCCGGGCCUUGUGCCUGGAGCUCCCUCCCUCCUCGCCUCGGUGGGUGUGGCUCGGCCUACCCUGCGCUCCCCGAGACACUUCGCUCCCCUCUGGGGCCCCACUGCAUUUCGGCCUCCUUUCACGGCCCCUAGCUCGGCACCCCCACCACAAGCCCCCACCCUGCCCAGGACCCAGGGCCCCGAUCGAGUCCAGAUGUCCGAGGCAUCAGGAAAUCUCAAUAGCCUACGCAUGGCGAACGUGGCCCUGCGCGAGGAAUUAAAUGCCCUUCGCGGGGAGAAUGCCAAUUUGGGCCUUCAGCUAGGAAGAGCCCUGGCGGAGGUGAAUUCCUUGCGGGGCAAUGUCUCCAGCUACAUCCGCUGGCCAGUGCCCGUCCUUGCAGAGGAGAACUUUGAGUUCCCGCUCAACGAGAUAGACUCCUUGCCCGAGGGUGAAAUGCCCUUCACGCGCUGGCCUCCCCCACGCACCGAGCCCGAGUGCGCCCCGGAGGAGCUGUUGGUCAGUGGGACCCAGGACUCUGGCACCUCUGAGGGCCAGGUCGACCCUCCCCCGCAGCCCAGCCCGCCCCCGCCUGCACUGCCCCCUCCGGCCUCCAAGGAGCAGCCUGCGCAGCCUCCUGUGCCACCUCUGGAGCGGCCGGAGCUAGAGCCCUUUUCAGGCGACCCGGUCUACCUGCCUGAAUUCCUGAUGCGGUUAGAGACCUUCAUAGCCGACCAUGAGGAUCAUUUCCCCGGGGGUGCCGAGAGGGUGGCUUUUUUGAUCUCCUUUUUCACUGGUGAUGCCAAGGACUGGGCCGUCUCAGUCACCCAGGAAGGAAGCCCCCUGCAUGCCAACUUCCCGCGCUUCCUGGAUGAAAUCCGUAAGAAAUUCUGUGGCCCCAUCCCCCCAAGUGUGGCGAAAAAGGCCAUUCGCAAGCUCAAGCAGGGAGACUGUACCCUCGGCAGCUAUGCAGAUGCUUUUCAGUUCCUGGCCCAAUUCUUGUCUUGGGAUGACUGUCGCCUUCAAAACCAGUUCCUCAAAGGCCUGUCAGAAUUCUUCCGCAAGGAGCUCUUGUGGUCAACUGAAAUGGCCGACCUGGAUGAGCUGAUUCUCGAAUGUGUGGAGAUAGAAAGGAAAGUGCGUGUCCCCAAGCCAAUCCCGCUCCCCGGGGUUCGCAAUAUCUUCUUCCCUUUUGCUGCAGACCCUAAUGUCGAGGGCAGUGGAGAAGAAGAGCGCUACAGUGAGGAUGAAGAUGCUGAGGUGCGCAGGCGCAGGCUUCAUGACCAGGACCAGCGGAGGCGUGCGAGAGCUAUUCAGCAAGAGAUGAGGGAGCAGGAGGAGGAGAAGAGGAAGAAGGAGGAAGAGAUGAAGAAGAAGGAGGAGGAGAUGAAACAGAAACGGGAGGAGGAGGACGACGACGACGAGGACGAGAUUGUGGUGGUGGAUGUUGUGGACGAGGAAGAGGAGGAGAUGAGGAAGAAGAAUGAGGAUGAGAAAAAGGAUGAGGAUAAGGGCCAGGAACCAGGGCAGGAGCCAGAGCAGGAGCCAGAACAGGAGGAAGAGACCGAGGAUGAAGCCCAGGAUGAUGACCUAGAUGAGCUGAUGGAGGUAGAGCCGACCUAUGCCAACGCUUCAUCCCAGACUACUGGCUACUAUCACGAAAAUUUUCUAGAUACAUCACCUCCAAUAAUACAGCCCAGCAGACGGAGGAACCAGAAUCGAGUCCCACUGCUGGAGGGCCUUCCAGGUACCAACUCGCCUUUCUACAGUUCACCACCGCUGAUUCGCCGAGCAGGUCGCUUGGGGCAACGCCAUACUAGAAGACGGCCCCCAGUGCUAUUCCGCCUCACUCCAAGACAGGCAGGACACCGGGCUUCACGUGGCCGAAUUCGCGUGUGAGUGCUGGGGUGAGAUGGCCACUUGGAACACACCCUUCUACUGCGUUCCCUGCCCCUGCUAUUGCUGCCACAUCUGCCCCAUUUGCUGACCAGUACCUAAGGGAGUUCCAAACCUGAAAAACCUAAAGACGACCUGUAGAACUCCAGGCCAUCUUGCAGCCCUGACCAGGGAGUGACAUGUGCUCAACCAAAGCCACCUGGGAAAGGAGGGGUCAGCGAUAGCUGUCCUCUUGGCUGGGCACUCUGCUCAGUCCUGCCACAAGCUAGCAACCAGGUUUCUGGGCCUACCCCUAUAAAUGAACUGGUCACCCCCUUGUAUUUCCCUUCUAGUUGUUCCUAACCCUGUGUCCUAUGCUUUUAUCUACUCUGACUGGCUCACCAGGACUUCACCUAAUGGCUCACUGCUCUGUCCCAAUGAGCAAAAGGACAGGCUACACUGAACUCCUAAUGCCACUAAUUAUUAGACAUAAUGGAUGGAGAGCAAGAUGCUAUCAAGAAAUGUGCCUAGAAGCCUGCACUUGCUUCAGCCUCCAGCAGAAGGGCCCUAAAGAUGACCCUACAUCUAGCCCAGUGAGGGUGGGCAAAGCCGCUUGUCAAAGGGACAACUUGACUGAGGUUUGUCCUUCACUGACUGAGCAAGCUAGUUCCACCCUCACACAGACUACUACAUCGGGUCCCUUGAACCAGCUUGCCAAAUCUGGGGCCCUUUCCUCUUAUCACACUGCCCUCCUGGGCAUCCCCGCUGGACAGAGCCCAGUGUUACCACUUCCCCUGAUGUUUCCUGGAAGAUGGGGGAGGAGGAAGAGGACCAAAAAGAAGCAGCAACAACUCAGUUUGACAUUGUGAGGAGUGACCGUUUCCUUAGGGAUGGUGGUCUCCUCCCUGGGCUGGGUCUUGGACAGCAGCACCCAGCCAAAGGUCUUUGCAGGAGACCUGCCAUGCUUGGGGGUUCACAGAGGCCUAAUUGGCCUUUCCUUCCUGGACCAACGAGGAGAGAAAGGGCCCUAGCCCUGCUCUUUAACUUCAAUUUAAAGAGUUCCCUAGUUGUCAGAAGGGAGAGGAAGUUUCCCUCUACAGAGAUUGCAGCCUCGCAGCCGAGACAUCUUCACAUCUCUCCCAUGGGUGGGAAGCCAUGGCCUGAUGCUGGGCUUCAAUGAGAUGGUAAGGCUUGACAGGGUGACAGCCUCCUAGUAACUAACUCCUGGGACUUCUGGGAACAAACCUCAGGACCCUUAUAGCGAGUCCUGCUGCUUGCCAUGGGUCCAGAAACCACUGCUUGUGCAGUGAAAAGGACAUACUAUGUCAUUGACCACAGAAUGCCAGCCAAACCCAUUGCUGGCCUGAACUGCCCUUGACACUGAGCUGCCUGCACAGUGCCUGGCAGCUGGGCAAGUAUAGCCAAGGUGUCUGUGGCCAGAGGGAAGGAGGCAUAGUAAAUUAAGCCUGUGUUCUUCACGGGAGUCCAAUAGAUAACCUCAGCCCAGCCUUAGGGUUUUGAGCCUCCUGGAAGCAAGAGGAAGGAGCUGGAGGAAGAGGAGUCACAAACAAACCCAGUUCAUCUGCUGGCUGGUUGCUGGUGAGAUCUAUUCAUCAGUGGGAGCUAUUUUUCCAGGAGAGUGUGCCAGAAGGGGAAGUGCUGUUCUUCGAGGCUGUGAACUCUGUUUGCUGAUGGUCAACAUACUGGCCCUGCUGUCUAUGUCCCUGCUGGAGAAGUGCAAAGGACAGGUGCCUUGCACCCCCACUUCCAGGGACCCCCUCAGCACAGGCCCUGCCUGUUUCCAUGGUGCUUCCACCCUGAGACCUUGUAGCCUCAGCCAGGGAAAGAGUGGGUGAGCAGUGAGCUGGUUCCUGGCCCUCUGGUGGCAGGGGGGCCUGGGCUUCCCUUUGACCCCUUUUCCCUGCUUUCCCAGAUCUUCAAUAUUUGUUGUGAUGUAACAGCUGCAAGAGCUGUAAGAGGAACUAUGGGCUUUGGGAACUUUCUUGGGCUGAAAGAGGGAUGGGGGUGGGAGGAUGCAUGCAGGGGUAUGAAGGCAGCCCAAGGAUUCCCAAAGACUCGGGAGGAAACCCGUUGGGAAUAAAUGUGUUAUUGUUAUUGCGUUAUUGUUACAUUAUUGUGAUGUGAAGAUAAAUUCUGUAUGCUAAAGCUUUCUCCUCAAUAAAGAUAUAAAGGGUGUGU